AUGUCUGUAAGUAAGGAGAGACAAGAAAUUAUAGAAAAAUUAAUGAGAACACCAUCAUAUUCUUCUACUGAAGAAUAUGGUAAUAUUAAAGAAAAAAAAGAUAAUGUAAAAAAACAACUUAUUAAAAAAACAUGGAAUGAUUUAAAUAAAUUUUUAUUUGAUAAUUCUGGAGAAGUUUAUCAAAAAUUAAAAGGACUUGAACAGGAGAUAUGGGCAAAAUUAAUAUUAAUGGAAAAAGAUUGUAGAAUUAUGAAAGCAUACCUUCGUUUUCCAACAAUAAAUAUUAACGGUGGUUUUGAUGAUUUUGAUGGUUUACAAGUUGGUUUAGCUAGAUUUACAUCGCAUGAUAAUGACUCAUCAACCUAUAUAUCAUCUGUGGAUGGUUUAUUAUACCAGUUAAAAGGAGGAUUAGACAUUAAAAUUGAUGCUAUUGGAAAUAUCUUUAUGCGUAAAAACACUUCAGUUCGUAUUGUUACUACAAGUAUUUUUGAUACUCAUCAAACAGUUGAAUUAGGAAAAGAAUAUUUAAAGGUAUUUGAUUUAAGAAAAUUUAAAAAAAAAUUAUCAAAAUUAAUAAAAGAUGGAGAGAAAGAUGUUAGAAUAUUAGCUAAGUAUACUUUUAUUAUGAUAACUAUUGGAACAGAAGAAAUGUAUAAUAGUAAUAUUUUUGGAUGUGACAUCUGGCUUGCUCUUAUUCAUAUUAUUGCUGUUGAGAUGAUUGAAGUUAUUCUAAAAGAGGAAGAAAAAGAAUGUUGUCAAAUAAGUACUGUAAAUACAAAUAUUGGAAAUUUUUGUAAAAAUAAAGAAAGUGUACUAGAAAGAAAUGGAGUUAUUAAGGCAGCAUUUAUUAAUAAAAAUGAAAAGAAAAUUGAAAAUGAUAUUUUUAUUGAUAGAAUAAAAGAUGAUGUCAAUAAUUUUAAUAUAUUAUCAUCAGGUUUAAAAUUAAAAUCAUACAAUAUUUUGUCAAGUCCUGAUACAAAUAAUAAUAUAAAUUUACAACAAAAAUUCAAUGAUAAUCGUGAAUUGUUGUUUAGAAAUCAUCAUAUAUCAUCUUCAAAAAUACCCAUAAUAACAACAGGUCUUCUACCACAAAUAGAAAAUUCUUUAUCAUCAACAUCAUCUGGAGUCUCUUCAUCAGGUUCAGGAAAAAUAUUAACAACUAACAUUAAUUUUAAAGAUACAUCUAAUGAUACUCCACCUAUACGUUUAUGUAGAUAUAGACAACAUUAUGAUGAAAUAAAAGAUUCAAAUUUACUUUAUCCAUAUAAUAAUUCUCAAAUAAAUAAUGAAGUAAAAGUAAAAAAUUCUGAACCAGGAGUAUUAGUUAAAUCAAAAAAAUCAAGAAUUAAAGAUGAUUGGAUAUGCCAUCAACCAAUUGUUUCUGAUAAAAAAAAUAAAAUCCGUUCAAAAAGUGUAUUUAAUGAAAAAAAAAAAUUUGAAAAAAAUAUACUUUUUGAUAAUGAUUCAUUAGCAUUAAGUUAUGAUAAAGAAGAUUCAACAAAUUAUUUAGCACCUUCAGAACCAAUCAAAAGAUUAGCCAAAUGGAAAAGUGAAAAAAGUUUAUUUUUUUAA